AUGUCUACUAGGUUGUCUUUGGGCGGCUUUUUGGUCAAGGCCAAGGCGGCUUUGACAGCUCCCGCUUCGCAACGAAAGGGACCUCUUACUUUUGUUGUAGGAAAUGAGUCAGCUGACCUCGAUUCUCUUUGCUCAGCUGUGGUUUAUGCCUAUCUUCGCAGUCAUGCCCCUCCUCAUACCCUACACAUCCCCCUCUCAAACCUGCCCCGCGAGGAUCUGGCUCUUCGCACUGAAAUGUCGGCUGUUCUCAAGCAUGCUGGACUGACUCUAAAAGAUCUCUUGACUUUAUCUGAGCUUCCAGACUUGAAGCCUGAAGAGACGCGCUGGUUGCUAGUUGAUCAUAAUUCACUCACUGGCCCACUCACCAAGUACUCGGAGCAAGUUACUGGCUGCGUCGACCACCACGCAGAUGAGGAUGUUGUGAGAAAGGAUGCCAAGCCAAGAGUCGUCGAAACUUGUGGAAGCUGCAUGAGUCUGGUUGUGGACGAGACGCGCGAAAUCUGGGAAGAGCUCUCGACCAAGGAUGCUCAAGACAGCGACGCAGCCACCGAGAACGAAAAGCUUGUCAGACUCGCUAUCGGACCUAUCAUGUCCGAUACGAUAAACAUGACAGCUGAAGCCAAGGUGCGCGAGCAAGAUACCAAAGCUGUAACAUUCCUGGAGGAACGCAUGCCCUUUGACCGCGCAGCCUACUUUGACGAAAUCUCUGCAGUAAAAGAAGACAUUUCCGAGCUGAGCUUGCGCGAUAUUUUCCGAAAGGACUAUAAAGAGUGGAACGGCUCAGGGCUGAAGCUUGGAAUCAGCUGCGUCGUGCAAAACUUUGACUAUCUUGUCAGCAAGGCGGGCAACCCAGAGCCUCUGCUCGAUGCCUUUGAGGAUUGGGUCAAGGAGCGCAAUCUCGAUGUGGCGAGUAUAAUGACAACGUCGCAUCCCGACGGCGAGUUCCAGCGACAUCUGCUUGUGUGGGGUAUCAGCGAUCAAGGUCGCGAGGCAGUGGAUAGAUUCGUGGCAGACUCGGGUGAGAAGCUGAAGCUGGAGAUGUGGAAGGAUGGAGAGUUGGAUAAGCAUGGACAUAGUAGAUUUGCAUGGAGGCAGCAUGACCUCACGUCGAGUAGAAAACAGGUUGCGCCGUUGUUGAGGGAGGCUCUUAAGAAGAGUUGA